UCUAGCCGACCAACAAUAGUUGUUUCGAAAAACAUAUAAUUAUGUAGUUUAAGGCCUCACAGACAGAUAGGAAACAAGGUUUUACCACAUCAAAUGACCUGCGGGUGACGAAACGUCAUAAAGAAGCAAACCGUGGUGCCAUUUGAAUCACCGCUUUUGGAUUAACAGAACCCUUUUUUUCUUUAAAACCCAAACCUUGGCGGCUGUAUACUCUGAGACCCGUUGUCUCUCUAUCACUCCUAGGGUUUCUCUCUAUCUCUGAAGUUGUUAUUGGAUUAUAAGAUUUGAGAUCGUCGCUUGUUGCAGAUCUGUUUGUGAUUAGUCAUGGCCACAGUUGCUCCUAUUGCCGAUCAAGCUGCAGGAUGGCUGCAAAAUUUAACGCUAGAUUCUCAGGCAAAGACUUUUGAAAUUCCUGAGCCCAAAACGAAGGUAAAUAUGCAGCCUUCUGCUAAUCAAUUUGGCUCUGUUGAUCUGACCAAAGUUCCAAAUGGUCAGAAUCAGUCUUUUGAGCAAUCUGCGACUCCGUUGCUUUCUGAAUAUUCUGAUCCAUCCAUGUGCUAUCUUCAAAAUGGCUAUCCGUCUGCAUAUUACUAUGGUGGCUACAAUGGUAUUGGCAGGGAGUGGGACAACUAUAUGCGAUAUGUGAAUCAAGAUGGAGUUGAUAUGAUUCAUGGGAUUUAUGGGGAAAAUGGGUCUGUCCUGUAUCACCAGGGAUUUGGGUAUCCGCCAUAUGGUCUGUAUUCACCGGAAACUUCACCUGUUCCGGCCAUAGGUAAUGAUGGACAGCUAUAUGGGCCUCAACAUUACCAAUAUCCUCACUAUUUCCAACCAAUGACUCCAAGCAGUGGGCCAUUAACUUCUAGUCUAGUCAAUCCUUCACAGGGGGAGCUCUCCACGUCAGGAACUGCUGACCAGAAGCCUUUACCUGUCGAAGCAGUGAAAGGGAACUCUAAUAGCAUUGGCGGUGGUGGUGGGGUUUUCAAGGGAAACAAUGUUUCAGUCCCCUUUAAACCAGCUUAUCAAAAUACCUGUAAUUCAAAUAAUAUUUAUGUUAGAAGUGCUCUGCCCAUUGGUGUUCCUCCUUCUGGUUAUCAAGAUCCAAGAUUUGGUUACGAUGGGGCUCGCUCGCCUAUCCCUUGGCUAGAUGGCUUUUCAGAUGGUUUGCAUAGGCCUGUGACUAACCAUGGGAUGACUCCUUCGUAUCCAAAGGUCAACAACAUUCAAUCUUCAAGGAAUCAGAAUUUCCGUCCAAAUUCCCAAUUUAUGGGUUUGCACCAUCCCAGUCCAAUGUCUGGCAUGGGUUCAGCUCAUGGCUUUGUGAACAGGAUGUACCCAAACAAAUUAUAUGGUCAAUAUGCAAACUCAUUUAGGUCUGGUAUGGGAGUUGAAUCUGGUGGUUAUGAUUCGCAAACAAAUGGACGUGGAUGGUUGGCUGUUGAUGGCAAGUAUAGACCCAAGGGGCGUGGUGGUUACUUUGGUUAUGGCAACGAGAAUGCUGACGGAUUGAAUGAGCUGAACAGGGGACCUAGAGCCAAGAGUUCAAAGAACCAUAAAGGUUUUGCUCCCAACAUCGAUGAGAAUGAAAAUGCUUCUGUAGCUCCAUACAGGGAACCAUAUAACAUUGCAUAUUUCCCUGAGGAUUAUAGUGAUGCCAAGUUCUUCAUAAUCAAGUCCUACAGUGAGGAUAAUGUCCACAAGAGCAUCAAGUAUAAUGUCUGGGCCAGUACGCCCGAUGGAAACAAAAAGCUUGAUGCUGCUUACAAGGAGUCUCAGCAGAAAUCUGGAGGCUGCCCUGUAUUUCUUUUCUUCUCGGUAAAUACCAGUGGGCAAUUUGUUGGUCUUGCGGAGAUGGUGGGGCCAGUUGAUUUUAACAAGAAUGUAGAGUAUUGGCAACAAGACAAGUGGACUGGCUGUUUUGCUGUGAAGUGGCAUAUUGUAAAGGAUGUGCCAAACAGUUUAUUGAAGCACAUUACCCUUGAAAACAAUGAAAAUAAGCCCGUUACUAACAGCCGAGACACUCAAGAGGUCAAGUUAGAACAUGGGCUUAAAAUGAUCAAAAUAUUUAAAGACCAUUCCAGUAAAACGUGCAUUUUAGAUGAUUUUACCUUUUAUGAGGCUCGGCAGAAGACAAUCCUGGAGAAGAAGGCUAAGCAACAGCAGUUCCAGAAACAGGUUUGGGAAGGAAGAGCCAACGUGGAAAAGAUAGAAGAGGCAAUUGAUUCUCAGAAACCGUUGGAGGCUGUAUCUGAUGUAAGAAAGGAUGCUACUACUAUUGCUCAACCUAAUGGAGACUUCAAGCAUCCUGAGAAUGGCUCCGUUGGAAAAGCUGGAGAUGGCUUAAAGGGUAGCAAACCAGUUUUGUCAGAGAAGAAUAUAUAGCCAAUGGUGUUGCAAAUGGGUUGCUAGCUUCUGCUCUGCACAAUGGUUGUCCAUAGCUAAAUAGAACUUCCCGCAAAGUAAUUCUGCUGGCAAUCCU